CGCGCGCCAGAGGGCAAGCCGUCCCGGUGCACGCCGGAACCGGUAGUCCGCGGUGGCGCGGUCCGCCCCUCACCUGGCCGGCGGCGGGCGCUGAGGGGCCCAAUGGGAGCCGCGGCCUGGCCGCCCCGCCCCGCGCCACGGGACGUCUGUGCCGGGACAAGGCCGCCGCUAGUGCCGGGUCCUUGAGCAGAGCGCCUCCCGUCCGAGGCCAGCCGCCGCUGUCAGCCGUCCGGCGGGCCGGGUCUGAGGCGCCUGCGGGACGGCGCAGAGCCGCAGCCGCCGCUGAGGAGAAGGAGGCAGCGCAGGAGGCCGGAGCGGCCGCCGCGCCCGAGCACAUGGCGUCCAUCUUUCUGAGGAACUGCCGCGGCCGGGCGCCCGCCCGCCUCCCGCCGCCGCCUCGGGUCACCGUCCCGCGGGGUAGACCAGGGGAUCCUGCUCAUCUCAGCUGUGCCAACACCCUGGGGUUGAGGAGCUGCCUGAAUGUUCCAUUUGGCUGCUGCACUCCCAUCCACCCUGUGUACCCGUCCUCCAGAGGCGAUCACCUCGGCUGUUGGACUCUGAGGCCCGAGUGCCUUCGCACGGUGUCAAGAGCGCCAUGGACCUCUACCUCUGUGGGUUUUGUGGCUCUGGGACCUCGGUGCCUUCCUGUGCGUGGCUGGCACUCUUCACGCCCUGUUGGCGAUGACUCAGUAGUAGAGAAGUCCCUCAAGUCCUUGAAGGACAAGAACAAGAAGCUGGAGGAAGGCGGCCCAGUGUACAGCCCCCCUGCAGAGGUGGUGGUGAAGAAGUCUCUGGGGCAGAGGGUGCUGGACGAGCUGAAGCACUACUACCAUGGCUUCCGCCUGCUAUGGAUCGACACCAAGAUCGCAGCACGCAUGCUCUGGCGCAUCCUCAACGGCCACACCCUGACCCGCCGGGAGCGCAGGCAGUUUCUCCGGAUCUGCGCUGACCUCUUCCGCCUGGUGCCGUUCCUUGUGUUCGUGGUGGUGCCGUUCAUGGAGUUUCUGCUGCCUGUUGCUGUGAAACUCUUCCCCAACAUGUUGCCAUCCACAUUUGAGACUCAGUCACUCAAGGAGGAGAGGCUGAAGAAGGAGCUUCGGGUCAAGCUGGAGCUAGCCAAGUUCCUCCAGGACACCAUUGAGGAGAUGGCCUUGAAGAACAAGGCAGCCAAGGGCAGCGCCACCAAAGACUUCUCUGUGUUUUUCCAGAAGAUCCGGGAGACAGGGGAGAGGCCCAGCAAUGAGGAAAUCAUGCGUUUUUCCAAAUUAUUUGAGGACGAGCUGACCCUGGACAACCUGACACGGCCGCAGCUGGUGGCCCUGUGCAAGCUGCUGGAGCUACAGUCCAUCGGCACCAACAACUUCCUGCGCUUCCAGCUUACCAUGCGGCUGCGCUCCAUAAAGGCAGACGACAAGCUGAUUGCUGAGGAAGGGGUGGACAGCCUGAAUGUCAAGGAGCUGCAGGCAGCGUGUCGGGCACGAGGCAUGCGCGCCCUGGGGGUCACGGAAGACCGCCUGAGGGGUCAGCUGAAGCAGUGGCUGGACCUGCACCUGCAUCAGGAGAUCCCCACAUCGCUGCUCAUCCUGUCCCGGGCCAUGUACCUCCCGGACACCCUCUCUCCAGCCGACCAGCUCAAGUCCACACUGCAGACCCUCCCAGACAUUGUUGCAAAGGAAGCGCAGGUGAAAGCGGCCGAGGUGGAGGGUGAGCAGGUGGACAACAAGGCCAAGCUGGAGGCCACGCUGCAGGAGGAGGCGGCCAUCCAGCAGGAGCACCGUGAGAAGGAGCUGCAGAAGCGCUCGGAGGCGGCGAAGGAUGUUGAGCCCGAACGUGUGGUAGCUGCUCCCCAAAGGCCAGGGACCGAGCCACAGCCAGAAAUGCCUGACACAGUCCUGCAGUCAGAGACCUUGAAGGACACUGCCCCUGUGCUGGAGGGCUUGAAGGAGGAAGAGAUCACUAAGGAGGAAAUCGACAUCCUCAGUGAUGCCUGCUCUAAGCUGCAGGAACAGAAGAAGUCACUCACCAAGGAGAAAGAGGAGCUGGAGCUGCUGAAGGAGGACGUGCAGGACUACAGCGAGGACUUGCAGGAGAUCAAGAAGGAACUUUCAAAGACUGGUGAAGAAAAAUACGUGGAAGAAUCUAAAGCCAGCAAGAGAUUGACAAAAAGGGUGCAGCAGAUGAUCGGACAGAUCGACGGCUUGAUCUCGCAGCUGGAGAUGGACCAGCAGGCUGGCAAGCUGGCCCCGGCCAACAGCAUGCCCACGGGGGAGAACGUCAUCAGUGUCACUGAGCUCAUCAACGCCAUGAAGCAAGUCAAGCACAUUCCCGAAAGCAAGCUCACCAGCCUGGCCGCAGCACUGGAUGAAAACAAGGAUGGCAAGGUCAACAUCGACGACCUCGUCAAGGUGAUUGAGCUGGUGGACAAAGAAGAUGUUCACAUCUCCACCAGCCAGGUGGCCGAGAUUGUAGCAACACUGGAAAAAGAGGAGAAGGUGGAGGAGAAGGAGAAGGCCAAAGAGAAGGCGGAGAAGGAGGUCGCAGAGGUGAAAAGCUAGAACCACCAGCCUGGGCACCUGUCCUCCUGCUGUGCCACCACCCUGGCAAGGGCCAUGAGGGCGAUUGCUUUGUGGUGAUUCUUAGUGGCUCAUCUAAUAUUUUGGCUGGAAUAAAUCAGAGACUUCCAUAAUCAAGUAAAUUUUAAUUUUCAUCAUUCCACGGAGAUUCAAUCUGUCUGGAAUCCCGGAACCCCUCCACAGAAUCGUGUCUGGAUCCACACUGUGGUGUGGCUGCCACGGCCUCCUGGCUCCAGAGGCAGCUGGGCCGGGCCAAGGCAGGAAGUGCCCCCCCUACCCCCCCACUUGUGGCCUCGAGUCUCAGCGUCUGACUGUGCUGCCCUGUCCCCAGGGAAGAGAAUAAGGACCACGUGGACUCUGCCCACAUGGAGCUGGCUGCUGUGCCCACCCUCAGGGGCGUCAGGAGACACAGCCUGGCCUCCUCAAGGCUGAAGAUGCCUCCAUUCGCCUGUGGACCUGGAUUUCUCGAUUUCAGUGUCAAUAGACCUGUCUUCCUGCA